GUCAAACACACCUGCUAGCUGCAAAACCCACGCCGCUGUUGAGGUCAUAGCACUGACUGUAUAUGAGACCUGGACUGAGUGACCCUUCACCCCUGGCGUUCCAAACAGGAAGUACCUGCUGGCUGCUACAUACUUUUUUUAACAUCUUCUUUAAAAUCCUCACUUAAAAAACUGCAUUUUUUUCUGUAUCCCCAUCCCGGCCAUUUGUUUUUGGUGGUGCCCGCUUUCCCCCACAUCAAAUGUUCCAAACGUUUGAUUGACAGAUUCUUCAGACCCUGUUUUCAGUGGUAAGGGUGUGGCCUUCAAACAAGCUCAAUCCUGAUUAGCGAGAGUUGUUGCCAUAGAAACGAUGACUCAGACCGACGGACCUAUCACUGCUUACUGAAGUUGUCUGGCUCCAACACGGUGAUGUCCGUAUCGCAAAAAAAAUGGCGACUGAAUUGACUUCAUUUGGUUCUGAGGCAGAAGUAAACUAUUUCAAUGGGUGACGUAAGACUCCCAUUGAAAUAGUCAUCCAGUCAUUCAUUCCAGUUCUCUGUGACGGUCAAUGGGUCAAACAGUGAAAGAAUUGAUGAACCCUGUGGUCAUGUGACCCGUUGUUUUUUUUAUUUUUUAUUGACUAGGUAUAAUUUCCUGGAAGCCCCACCUUCCCAAAAACAGAUGACAGAGUCCGUCUGCUGUAAUUUGUGUUCAUUCAGGUUAUUCUGGAGAUAACUUUGGAGAUAAAAGUGUUCUAUACAGACUGUACAGGUUCUUAUAUUUCAAAUUGAAAUGAAUAAAAGAAGAGCCAACACCUUUUGAUGGACACCAUGCGAUGGGCGGAGUCAUCAGCUCAUUCUGGUUUCUGUGGCACUGAGCUUCAUGGCGUUUUUGGUGGGUGUGUUGGGGUUUCUGUCUGUUAAACCGUGAUGAAGAACUGCAGUGAGUAUGUCCAGAAACGUGUCACCGUGCUCAGUGAUGUUUAAAGACCCACUCCGAUAAAAAUGGUCUCUUUGGUGUUUUUGACAUGUUUUCUAAUGAUGGAGGGCAUAGAUAAAGAAAAUUAAGCUUCAAUUCUGUAAUCUGUUCUCCCCCAUCCCCUGAGGGAACGGUGAGCUGCACACAGAGCCUCACUCAAGAACCAUAUGAUGGUUUAACGUCCAGUCCAACCCCCUUCAUGCUGAUUGUCAAGCUGGACCCCAUUUUUAGAGUCUUUGGUUGCCCUGGAUUUGAACUCAAGACCUUUAAGUCUCAAGAGCUGACGAAAAAAAUGCUUUUUGAAAAAGUUCGUAGCUGUGACGUACGCCGUUCAGCAGGCCAGCAGUGCUGCCCAUAAGUCAGAGACUUUUGCCGACCCCAACAGGCGCCUGGAGCUGCGUUUCCGGCCCCAGGACCCUUUCUGUCACUCUGCCUGCGGGAACCGCCUCUCCUCCAGCAACAUCCUCCUCCGAGUGAGGCGGCGCGUCCGAAGAAAAGACCCCAAGGACGCCGAGAUCCAGAUGGAUGUAGUUGGAAUCAUUGGAACCACCUAUAAAUUCCAAGGCCUGGCAGACUUUCAGUACCUGGCCGUGGACUCUCAGGGAGGAAUGCACACGUCUCUGUACGACAGAAUAAUCCUGCGCCAAACGGAGACCCAGGAGUUCUUCGAACAGCCCGUGCCGUACUUCCUGCCGCCCGUGAUCUUCUCGCGCCUGGACAACCCCAUGGACUACUUCUACCGCGCCGAAGCCCAUCAGGCCCCCCAAACGUACGCAAACAAGAACUCCAUUGGUUUGAAUCGCGCUCGCCGGCCCCACAACGCCAUAUUUGUCAGCUUCAACGACGCCGUGGUGCCCACAGAGUGUCUGGAGGGGGCCAGGCAGAACUGGGCCCGCUGCUGCCUGAAGGACAAUGACCGACUGGCGGAAGAGCAGAUAAAGAAGAUGUUUGAGAGCCGGCCCAUCUGGUCCAAGAAUGCAGUGAAGGCCAACUUCAACAUCCACCCGGAGAAGCUGAAGCUGCUGCUGCCUCUCUUCGCCUACUACAUGGUGACCGGACCGUGGCGAAGCCUGUGGGUCAGGCUAGGCUACGAUCCUCGCAAGGACCCGGAGUCCAAGAAAUACCAGAUGCUGGACUUCAGGAUGCGCUGCAGCACCAAACACGGAUACUCCUUUUCCAAAUUGCUGGUGAAAGCUAAGCGGAGCUCCCUGAACUACAGCCUUCCCAUCACGCUGAACAAAGCAGUCCCUCAGGCCACCAGCGUGAUGCAUAUUCCCUCUCGGGAAAACCCCAGCACCAGCCGGGAUUCUGCUCCUCUGUCCUACCAGCUGAAGGAGUCUGCAUACAUCUUCAGGGAAGGCAUGCUUCCUCCGUACCGACAGAUGUUCUACCAGCUCUGUGACUUGGACGUGGACAGCAUCAGGCAGGCGAUCGAGCAGAGCAGCGGGACGGAGCAGCAGUGCUUGGAGCGAGAUGGCUGGUGUGCUGCCGGCACCACGGACAAGCUGAGGGACCUGAUCUUCUCCAUGAUCAAGAAUGUCAUGCAGGCUCAGAAACAAGGUUUCCUUGACCUCCCCAAAAAGAAACGGCGCAACAAACUGUGUGUACAAUCUCUGUUGAAAGAUGUGGAUCCAGAGGAAGAGGAGGAGGAAGAGGAGUGUGAAAACAAGGAGGAUGAGGACGAGGAUGAUGAAGUUCAGCUGUCUGAUGGAAGUGAAAAUGAGAUGGAGACAGAAAUUCUUGAUUAUUUGUGACAAAAGUCAUUUUUGACCUCAAGCUUCUUGUUUUGAAAUUGAAUGUAAUGUUUAAAUAUUAUAAAUAAAGUUGAAAACUGUUCGGUUUUAUUUUUAAAAAAA